GCAUCUUGUUUUACAGCCUGCUUCUCUGGGACUCAAAGAGAGCGAGAGGAGGGAGGGGGGACUCCAGGCUCAGUCCGUCAUCCCUGCUCCAGCUAAGAGAGCGGAUUCUUCAGCAACUGGGUACCAUUUCCAGCUUGACCAGGCAGCAAGAGCAAAGCUGGAUUUGAAGGACAUGCAAAAAAGAACACCCCCUCCCCAAAAACAAAUAAGCUUAGGGGGGAGGAAGGAAGACAGAGACUCACUCAACCUCAGCAAUAACAAGGGAGACGCUGUUUAGUCAUUUCUCUCUACUUCCCCAGGGCUGAUUAUACUUUUUGAUUACUCCUGACUGCAUUUAGAAAGAUUUGAGAGGCAGACAGCACAAUUCCUCUUUACCCUGAGGAUUGUUUUCCAAACGGCCCCUAGAUCAGUCCCUGCAUUUUGGGGAUGAGAGUUUCUUUCCUUGCAAGAUGGAACUGAUCUGACUCCAGACUCCUUUUAGAAGCAGAAGAACGGUCUUCUCCCAUAUUGAGGCCUGGAGCCAUCAUGGCGGCAGGCGUAGCAGCAUGGUUGCCCUUUGCCAGGGCCGCUGCCAUAGGAUGGAUGCCAGUGGCUAACUGCCCUAUGCCAUUGGCCCCAACUGAGAAAAACAAGAGGCAGGAUGAGCUGAUCAUUCUGAAUGUGAGUGGGAGGCGCUUCCAGACGUGGAGGACUACACUGGAGAGGUACCCGGACACGCUCCUGGGCAGCACUGAAAAGGAGUUCUUCUUCAAUGAAGACACCAAGGAAUACUUUUUUGACCGGGACCCUGAAGUCUUUAGGUGCAUUUUAAACUUUUACAGAACUGGCAAGCUGCAUUACCCAAGGUAUGAGUGCAUCUCUGCCUACGACGAGGAGCUUGCCUUCUAUGGGAUCCUACCUGAAAUCAUUGGGGACUGCUGCUAUGAAGAGUACAAAGACAGGAAGCGGGAAAAUGCUGAGCGGCUGAUGGAUGACAAUGACUCGGAGAACAACCAAGAAGGGUCCAUGCCAUCUUUGAACCUCCGGCAGACCAUGUGGCGAGCCUUCGAAAACCCCCACACCAGCACCUUAGCCUUAGUGUUCUACUAUGUCACUGGCUUCUUUAUUGCCGUCUCAGUGAUCACUAAUGUGGUAGAAACCGUUCCAUGUGGCACAGUGCCUGGGAACAAGGAGCUUCCAUGUGGGGAGAGGUAUGCUGUGGCUUUCUUCUGCUUGGACACAGCUUGCGUUAUGAUUUUCACUGUCGAGUACCUUAUGAGGCUCUUCGCAGCCCCGAGUCGCUACAGGUUCAUGAGGAGUGUCAUGAGCAUCAUUGAUGUGGUGGCCAUCAUGCCCUAUUACAUUGGCUUGGUGAUGACUAACAACGAGGACGUCAGUGGAGCCUUUGUGACACUAAGGGUUUUCAGGGUUUUCAGGAUUUUCAAGUUCUCACGCCAUUCCCAAGGCUUAAGAAUCCUGGGUUACACUCUGAAGAGCUGUGCCUCGGAGCUUGGCUUUCUUCUCUUUUCCCUCACUAUGGCAAUCAUCAUCUUUGCUACUGUGAUGUUUUAUGCAGAGAAAGGGUCUUCAGCCAGCAAAUUCACCAGCAUACCAGCUUCUUUUUGGUACACUAUUGUAACCAUGACAACCCUUGGCUAUGGUGACAUGGUGCCCAAGACGAUUGCUGGAAAGAUAUUUGGCUCCAUUUGCUCGCUGAGUGGAGUGCUGGUCAUUGCUCUGCCUGUCCCAGUUAUUGUUUCCAAUUUCAGCCGAAUUUAUCAUCAGAAUCAGAGAGCUGACAAGCGAAGAGCACAAAAGAAAGCCCGACUUGCACGGAUACGAGUGGCCAAAACAGGCAGUUCCAGUGCUUAUCUUCACAGCAAACGCAACGGCCUGCUGAACGCAGCCUUGGAGCUGACGGGAUCUAGUGAUGAUGAGCAGCACAUCAGCAAAUCCACCUCGCUGAUCGAAAGCCAACAUCACCACCUACUGCACUGCCUGGAAAAAACAACUGGAUUGUCCUAUCUUGUGGAUGAUCCCCUGUUAUCUGUACGAACUUCCACCAUCAAGGUUUAUAACAGUGAGGCACCAAAGACUUCACCAGACUCACUUCAGGGAUACAGAUGUAACCAUGAGUUCAUAGAUGAACAGCUGUUUGAGCAGAACUGCAUGGAUAACUCAAUGCAGAAUUACCCCUCCACUCGCAGCCCCUCAUUGUCGAGUAACAAUGGCGGGUCAACCUCCUGUUGUUCUCGACGCAACAAGACGACGACUCAUCUUCCCAACUCCAAUGUGCCAGCAACUCGCCUGCGGAGCAUGCAGGAGCUAAGCACGAUACACAUCCAAUGCAGUGAACAGCCAUCACUUACAACAAGUCGUUCCAGUCUCAAUAUGAAAUCAGACGACGGGCUGAGACCGAACUGCAAAACCUCCCACCUCACAACAGCCAUCAUCAGUAUUCCUACCCCACCGGCACUGACACCAGAAGGAGAGAGCAGGCCCCCACCGAGCAGUCCUCACCCCACUAUGAACAUUUCCACCACAUGCAGCAACGUAGUCAAGGUCUCUGCCUUGUAAAGUGGUGUUGUUCGAAGGAAGCAGCUGGAAUGCCGGCAUCUCUCCCCCUCCACACCUUCAUGUUCCUUUCUUGCUGCAAAUUGUGCCUGGAUGGACCAACCUGACAUUUCGUCAUAGAAUUAGCAAUGGAGACCUAACAAGGCAGCUUUCUUCAAACUAGCAUUCAUGCCAUGGACUGAGAAUAGAUGAGGAGCGGGAGGACGAAGUAGGUUGGAGAAAGGGUCUGUGUGUGCACGUGCCCGCGGAGAGCCUUGUUCCAGGAUAUGAAGCAGAAAAUUGUUUCUAGAGGCUAGAGAAAAAGAACUGUCGUGGCAACAAGAAAGUCAAUAAAGAAACAAAUAUAACAUUGUGUAUCUCGGCACCUUUUAAAAGGUUUUUAAUGGAUAAUAUUUAUUCAUGCGGAAAUGACUGAAAAAGGUGAAAAAAAACAAUGGAUUUUAUGAUUUUUUUUUCCCUUCAUGGAGCAGAAUCUUUAAUCAACCAAAAUUACACAUCUUGUUUUUCUUUUAUAGAGAAAGAUUUAGACAAAGAAGACAGCUGUCACAGAAAUCUAUUUCCGUUCAUAUAUGUGUGUGUGUGUGUGUGUGUUUGUAUAUAUGUGUGAAAGAGAACAACAUUGAAACGACACACAAAAUUCUGAGCACAUUUUCUGGAUUUAGUGCACAGUAUCAAACUGAUUGCACAAGCACAGUGGCACACGUGCACGCACACACCCCCCCACACAAAUCUUUCACCCUGGAUGGCAUUCUUUACUUAGAUGAUUUUGUAACUGCCUUUUAAGUCAAUACAGUGCAACUGCAAACAGUGUGUUUGUCUGCUAAUUAUUGUCUGUGAAAACAUAUUUGUGGAAUAAAAAACAAAAAAAGAGGCUUUAGUAGUGUUAGUCCCACAUGGAUUUCUGCUUUCUCUUUUUGUUAUCACUUACUUGUAAAGAGUGUGGCUAGACUACCAGUUCUGUAUUUUUAAAAGGAAAACAAAUGUAGGAAAACUUUUUUUAAAUCUGUACACACAAAUGGCAAAGAAUGUGAAAGCACCAAACUCAGCUGCACCAGAUCAUCAGAAAUAGGAUAAAAUGUGACCUGUCAUCUAUGCCCAUGCUUUUUUAUUUAUAUAUAUAUGCUAAUAGUGGACAUGCAACCCAUUGUAAAUCAUAGCCAAGUAGUGUCUGGAUCUAUACUUACUACAAUUAAACCUAGAGCCAACCAUUCAGCAUGGACUGAGAGGAUGUUUGGCUUUUUAACACAGCGCUGUGGCUCCUAUUGGCUUAUUGAUGGCAUCUGGGUUGCACUGAUGUGGUAGGUAAACAAGUUUAGCAACUUUUGUCCUCCUCUCCCAGCACAGGGGCCACAGCGUGUGUCCAGUUGAGCAGGGGGAGGGAUACUAGGGUUUGGAAUACAUGGGAUAUGAUGUGGAACAGACAGCCCUUUACUUUGCAAUUCUAUUCUUCAUCUGGGAAAAGUCACACACUUUUAGUCAACCAAAAACUGUAACUCUGUGUGGUACUGCCGAGCUUAAUAUUUCUGACUAGUUCUAUGGUGAAUACUAACUGUUCUCCCUGAGAUCUUUCUAGUAACAAUAUGGUCUUGAAAUACAAGGACCUGACACGGUUUCCUUUAUAUAUGACCGUUCUCUACUUGGAAAAAUAAGUGGGAAAUAAUUGCUUAUGCUCCUGCUACACAUUCCUCAGACCACCUUUCAUUAUGGCUGCAAAUCGUUAGCGACAGCAUAGUACAUCCAACAUAGUACAUGCCAUCCACAGACAGUAUAACAUAGUAUUAAUUAGCACAUCCAAAUGCCUCCAUCAGGCUGAGAGCCAUGUUGUGCGAGGUGGUGAACACAUGCCUACAUGGCCCCAAACAGCUUACAGUCCAAUGGAUAGCUAGGAGUCAUUUCACACUUCCCUUCUCUCAACAGUAAAUAGUAACUGAACUAACACAGCACUAUCUGCCACACCACUGGAAGCAUAACCCUGGGUGAUACAACAAACGGAUUGGUUUUUUUUGCCUCUCUCAAAAUACAUAUUGAUGUUAUAUGACUUUAAAUUAUGCACUAUCAACCCACCUUGUCAACAUUCCUACCUUAUUACUCGGUAUCACGUGGACUCAGAUAGUUGUUGUGAUAACCCAGUAACCUACAUAGAAACUUAUCCCAUUCGAGGAAUGAUAAAGCUACAGCUAAGCAUUCAGUAACGUCAAACUGAUGCCCCUUUUCUCCAGAGCUGGAUAGUAUAUUUUCCAGCACUGGGUCCAGUCCAUUUUAAAUCACUCCAGUCCUGUGGUUUCUUUGCUACUUUCCUUGGGAGGUUAUUCUGUAGUUUAAAAGAUUUUACCAUUAGCAAUUUUUCUUGGUGCUUAAUUUAAUCGUUUCUUUGCUUCAUUUAGUCCAGUGGUCCCCAACCUUUUCGUCUGGCAGGUGUCAGACGAAGGACCACAGCGGCGGUGGAGCAUCCUCCAAAAUGCCACUGAAUUUCGGCGGCGAUACCACUCGAUGACGCCGCUUACCGUCGACAAGCGGCGUCAUCGAGAAGUAUCCCCGCCGAAAUUCGGGGACGACGCCUCUUGAUGACAUCACUUGUUGGCGACAAGCAUCAUCAUCGAGAGGUGUCCCCGCCGAAAUGCCACUGAAAUUCAGCGAGUGCUUUCCCGGGGUCCAGGACGGGGGCGCAUUAAGAUGCCCCUGGGGCACCGCGUUGGGGACCACUGAUUUAGUCUGUUACGCCUCAUCAUACACCCCCUGCCCUAUUGAACGUCUUCAGGCCUAAACAAAGCCCGAUUCUCCAUUGCCUUGCACCUUAUGCCCUCAUUUAGAUCUGUGCAAAGUAAGGCUAAAAUGCUACCAUGCUGGCUGGAAAUGUAUUACUCCCACUGUGCAUUCAAUUUGCAUGGAUUUAAAUGGACCAGCUAGAGGGUGACAAAGAGCCAGUUGCUUGCCGUGUAUUCUCAGCUCUGCUCUUCUCUUCCCUGACUUGCUGUGGAGUCUUAAACAAGUCACUUCAUCUCUAUGUGCCUCAGUUUCCUCAUGUAUUAAAUGGGAAUGACUACACCCACCUAUGGAAAGCACUUUGUGUACAGUGAAUUAUUAUUAAUCAAGGUAUUUCCUGGACAUUCACAAUUUUUGUCAGGGACAAAGAAACAAAGAAACAGGAAAAACAGUGAUUGCGGUUCCUCUCUUUAGCUGUUUGGGCUCAGGUUGCCAGAGUAGCCCUGCCCUUUGCUAUGUUCUGCAUAGGAGAAGUUAUUUUUCUGCUUAAUCAAAAGCAUGCAGCAGAACAUUUCUAUCAUUACUUUAGCAAGCGCUGCUACAUGUAAUCACUAGCUUGAAAAAGAUCCUUAUGAAGAGAAGGAGGCAGUCAAAAAGGGUUGAUUUCAAUAGUUUAAGACAAAAAUAACAUUUAUAAUGGAGGCAUUAGCCCAUUUUAAUGCUCAUCUGAACAGGAUUUGGGCAAAUCUGCCCACCUGUAAAUAACUGCGUACAGAACUCCCUGGGUUACACAGUGCAACAAUAGCCUUGUAGUGAAAGCACUUUGCAGUCACUGAAAUAGCACAGAUUGGAAUGAAUCCACAUGAUAUGUAUUAUAUCCUACUGUACAUAUAGCAUCCUUCAAAUGCUUUACUGAUAAACACAGAGCUGCAGAAAUGGCUCUCUCUCUCUGCAGGAGAAAGGGAGAGCAUUUGUUUUGAUAAGCACAGAAAUUGCUUGGCAGUCAUGCACUUCCAGGGUAAUGAGAGGGAACGGACUUGAUUAGCUUAUGUGAAUGUACAAAACAUUACUGGAGAUAUGGCCAAACCAAGCUCCAUGUUUUGAGCACUCUCUGACAUAGGUUAGUUUAGAUCAGGCCUGGGAUCCAAAUUCUAGGGCUUGGGCCCCUGUCGCCCUUACUCAAGCUGUUCCUUUUUCCAUCCCACCUCCAUGCAUAGAGAAGUUAUAGCUAAGUAACCGUCAGUUACCUGCACCAACAUCCCAUUUACCUGAGGCACAUGGAAUGUGGUUCCUUCAGGAGUGGUUCUGCAUGACAAUAUAUACAGUAAGAGAGGGAAUGUAGAACAUGAUUAUGUUCCUGAAGGACACCUGACGAGUAAAUUCAAU